AUGAGUUUGAGACAUGCUUCGAGGCAUGUAGCGAGUCGGGCCACUUGUUUGCGUAGCUCAUACUCGGAGAUAUCAAGAUUCUGCCGGACACGCCAGCUUGGGAUCGUCCAAGUUCGAGUUGAAGGAUGGAAGAAGGGUGUAGGACGAUGCUUUUCGCAAUCAAUAGUGAGAAGUGAUGGCAUUGAACCAGAUGAGCAAUUGAGAAAAACUCUCGAUGAUUUCAAAACCUCUCUACGGCCAUCAUGGCCACACGAGGGGGGAGUUUGGACUCCUGAAAUCUUGGAGAAGAUUCCUCUGGGAUCAGAGUUCACAUUAGUAGGAUAUCUUGGCUCACGGCGUGAUGUGAGCCAGAAGCUAUCUUUCACUAUGCUUCGCAACGAGAAUCUAUCAUGGUGCGUACAAUUGGUUUCCAGCACCAGUACUACAGAGGCGGAGGCACACGCGCGCCUACGAUCUUUGAAAAACUGGACUCCAGUCGUUGUCACCGGCAUACUCAAAGAACGCCAACCACCCAAGCAAGCAACGCACCAAGGCAUGAAACUAGUGGGCACGCGCGAGAUUGCAGUGACACAUGUCGAACCUAUAAAUGAAGUAUCCAAAGAUUUGAUCAUCACAGAGGAAACCGUCUUCGGGCCUGAUCAGCGACACCUGCAACUGCGCGCAGAUUCCAGGCUGCGCAAUAACAUCUUUCUCAGGGACCGGGCUGGAAGGGCGGCAAGAAAGGUUCUGGCCGAAAACAAUCUCGUCGAGGUGGAAACGCCCAUACUGUUCAAGUCGACGCCUGAAGGGGCCCGAGAGUUCUUGGUACCAACAAGACAAAAGGGUCUGGCGUAUGCGUUGCCGCAAAGCCCGCAGCAGUACAAGCAGAUUUUGAUGGCGUCAGGAAUUACGAAAUACUUUCAAUUUGCAAGGUGCUUUAGAGAUGAAGAUUUGAGGGCGGACAGGCAGCCGGAAUUCACUCAGCUUGAUAUGGAGAUGGCCUUUGCUGGCGAAGAAGACGUUAUGAACACUAUCGAGCUGCUCUUAGCCGAUCUUUGGGACAAGAUGGAUCUUGGAUCCAUUCCUACCAAGUUCCAGCGCAUGACAUAUGAGGAAGCAAUGUCAUCGUAUGGAUCUGAUAAACCCGACUUACGAUACGAAGCAAAGGCAAAUCUCAUUGGCAAAAUUACACCUCUGCAAGAUCCAAUCGUGGAAGCAGUCAAGAUCCCCGUCUCCUCCGACCCCAAGACCACCCGAAAAUUCGUUUCCAGCUUUCUCGACAGCCCAGACGGAAAGAACUUCCUCGAGAAUCCGAAUGGCCAACCUGGAAUCUUCAUCGGCGACUUGUCCCAGCCUAUGCAGGGUCUCGGCCCCCUGGGCUAUCAAUACGUAAUGGAGGGCCCCGAAGCCCUCGCCGUCGAGAAUGGUGAACUUCUCGUUCUCCAGGCCCGUCCCAACGCCCCACUGUCAGGCGGCUCCACAGCCCUAGGCAAUCUACGCCUCGCACUCUACAAAGCCGCCAUAUCACAAGACCUGAUUGAAGCACCAGCAGCAGACGAUUUCCGAUUUCUCUGGAUAACAGACUUUCCCCUCUUUACGCCCUCCAACGACAGCGAUCCAGGUCAGGGCGGCACUGCAGGCUUCUCCUCCACACACCACCCUUUCACAGCACCCAAGACACCCGCCGACGUUGAAUUACUUCUCACAGCGCCUGAGAAGGCUAAAGCAGCACAUUACGACAUUGUGCUCAACGGCGUUGAACUCGGUGGCGGAAGUCGCCGUAUCCACAAUGCUGCAGUGCAAGAAUUCAUCUUCCGUGACAUUCUCAAAAUGAAAUAUGAGCGCAUCGAAGACUUUAGACAUCUUCUUGACGUACUGCGUAGUGGUUGUCCGCCCCAUGCGGGAAUUGCGCUGGGUUGGGAUCGACUAAUGGCGGUAAUGACGGGCACGGAGAGCGUGAGAGAUGUGAUUGUUUUUCCGAAAAGUGGCAAGGGGGAGGAUUUGUUGGUUAAGAGCCCGAAUUGCGUCACCAGGGAGCAAUGGGAUACUUAUCAUUUGAGCGUGAAGGAAUAG